AUGGCUCCUGAGAAUUUCACACAGUUCACAGAGUUCAUCCUCACAGGUGUCUCAGACCGUCCAGACCUCCAGAUUCCUCUCUUCUUUGUUUUUCUCCUCAUCUAUGGACUGACCAUAACUGGUAACAUGGGCAUCAUCAUCCUCACCAGUGUUGACCCUCGACUCCAGACCCCCAUGUAUUUCUUCCUUCGCCACUUAGCCAUCAUCAAUCUCAUCAACUCUACCGUCAUUGCCCCUAAGAUGCUGAUCAAUUUUUUAGUAAAGAAGAAAACCACCUCUUACUAUGAAUGUGCUACCCAACUGGGAAUGUUCUUGGUUUUCAUUGUCUCUGAGGUUGGCAUGUUAGCUGUGAUGGCUUAUGACCGUUAUGUGGCCAUCUGUAACCCCCUGCUCUACAUGGUGGUGGUAUCUCAGAAAGUCUGUCGUAUAUUGGUAUCCUUGACCUACAUCUAUGGCUUAACCAAUUCGGUUGUGGUUUCAUACAGUGUAUUCUCUGUGGAUUAUUGCUCUUCCAAUGUCAUCAAUCAUUUCUUCUGUGAUAUUGCGCCAUUGUUAACAUUGUCCUGCUCUGAUACUUCCUUUCCAGAAACAAUGGUUUUUAUAUCUGCAGGGACAAACUUGAUUUUCUCCAUGACAACCGUUGUUAUAUCUUAUUUCAACAUUGUCUUAUCCAUUCUCAGAAUGCGUUCAGCAGAAGGAAGGAAAAAAGCCUUUUCUACAUGUGCUUCACACCUUGUGGCGGUCACCGUUUUUUACGGGACACUAUUAUUUAUGUAUGUGCAGCCUCAAACGACCCACUCACUAGAUACUGAUAAAAUAUCAUCUGUGUUUUACACACUGGUGAUCCCUAUGUUGAAUCCCAUGAUCUACAGUCUGCGGAAUAAAGAUGUAAAGGAUGCUGUGAAAAGAUUUCUGACAAAUUCCAGCGCUCUUUAA